AUGUUAUGACGUGCAAAAUCCCCCCACACAUGAGGAAAAGAGCCUUCUCAUGGUAAUGUUAGAGGAGUAACAAUUGGAGACAACCUGCUGCGCUCUGCUACUCUGUAAGACAAACAUCAGUAAAGCCAAGCAGCAAGAAAAGAAGGGCUCUUCAUGACAAAAUGACAGCAAGAGAACACAGUCCCCGCCAUGGUGCAAAAUCCCGCACUGUGCAAAGGGCCUCCACCAUUGAUGUCACCUCUGACAUGCUAGGCCUUUCUCUAGCAGGAAACAUUCAGGAUCCAGAUGAGCCGAUUUUAGAGUUCAGUUUAGCUUGCAGUGAGCUGCUAACUCCAUCGCUAGAUCGAAAACCAAAUAGUUUUGUAGCAGUGAGUGUAACUACACCUCCUCAGGCAUUCUGGACAAAGCAUGCACAGACAGAAAUUAUUGAGGGAACAAGUAAUCCUAUCUUUCUAAGCAGCAUUGCCUUUUUCCAAGAUUCUCUUAUCAAUCAAAUGACACAAAUCAAACUCUCUGUGUACGACGUCAAAGAUAGAUCUCAGGGAACAAUGUAUUUGUUGGGUUCUGGGACGUUUGCGGUAAAAGAGCUUCUUCAGGAGAAGAAUCACAGGUUGCACUUAACACUAAGGUCGGCUGAAAGUGACCGUGUAGGUAACAUUACAGUUAUUGGAUGGCAAAUGGAGGAAAAAACUGACCAAAGGCCUCCAGUGACAAGGUCACCUGACACAAUUAAUGGAAGGACUGUAUUGCCAGUUGAUGAAAGUUUAACAGAAUCUUUAGGAAUCAGAUCCAAAUAUGCUUCAUUACGGAAGGAUGCACUACUGAAAUCUGUGUUUGGUGGCGCCAUUUGCCGAAUGUAUCGCUUCCCAACCACUGAUGGAAACCACUUGAGAAUCUUGGAGCAGAUGGCUGAGAGUGUCCUGUCACUGCACAUCCCUAGGCAAUUUGUGAAGCUUCUUCUAGAAGAAGAUGCAGCAAGGGUUUGUGAGCUAGAAGAACUGGGAGAACUGUCUCCUUGUUGGGAAAGCCUUCGUCGACAAAUAGUUACUCAAUACCAAACAAUUAUUUUAACUUAUCAGGAAAAUCUAACUGACCUGCACCAGUAUAAAGGUCCUUCAUUUAAAGCCAGUAGCUUGAAAGCUGAUAAAAAAUUGGAAUUUGUUCCUACAAAUUUACAUAUACAGAGAAUGAGAGUCCAGGAUGAUGGAGGAUCAGAUCAGAACUACGACAUAGUCACCAUAGGAGCACCAGCAGCUCAUUGUCAAGGCUUUAAAUCAGGUGGCUUGAGGAAAAAGCUGCAUAAAUUUGAAGAGGCAAAGAAACAUUAUGAGGAGUGUUGCACUUCAACAAGUUCCCAGUCUAUAAUAUACAUCCCACAGGACAUUGUUAGAGCAAAGGAAAUUAUUGCACAGAUCAACACCCUGAAAACUCAAGUGAGUUACUAUGCAGAAAGGCUCUCAAGAGCUGCCAAGGAUAAAUCAGCUAAUGGCCUUGAAAGAACACUUGCCAUCCUGGCAGACAAGACCCGGCAACUUGUCACAGUCUGCGACUGCAAGCUGUUGGCAAAUUCAAUACAUGGACUGAAUGCUGCAAGGCCAGAUUAUAUAGCUUCAAAAGCAUCUCCAACCUCUGGAGAAGGGGAGCAAGUGAUGCUGAGGAAUGAUCAAGAUACACUUGUGGCCAGAUGGACAGGAAGAAAUAGCCGAUCUUCUCUGCAGGUGGACUGGCAUGAAGAGGAAUGGGAGAAAGUUUGGUUGAAUGUUGACAAAAGUCUGGAGUGUAUUAUACAGAGAGUGGACAAACUUCUCCAGAAGGAGCGCUUGCAGAGUGACAGCUGUGAAGAUGUUUUCCAGUGCGACAUCAGCUGUACUAGUAAGAAAGGUAAUCGGGACACUCGUGCCUACUGGAUAAAUCCAGAAGAUUUAACUGAGACCUCAUCAUCCUCACCACCUUCAUCAUCCUCACCACCGCCUUCAUCCACACCAUCCUGUGCAUGCCAUUCUCUCAGAAAGACAAAUUGCAGCCCCACUCCGGAAGAAUCUGGCCCAGGUGAAUGGAGCGAAGCUCUUUAUCCCUUGCUGACAACACUCACAGACUGCGUAGCCAUGAUGAGUGACAAGGCAAAGAAGGCCAUGGUCUUUUUAUUAAUGCAGGACAGCGCCCCAACAAUAGGGCUGUGCCUGAGCCUUCAGUAUCGCAGGGAUGUUGUCUUCUGCCAAACUCUGACAGCUCUCAUUUGUGGUUUCAUUAUCAAGCUGAGGAACUGCCUGCACGAUGAUGGUUUUCUAAGACAACUCUACACUAUUGGCUUGCUGGCGCAGUUUGAGAGCCUGCUGAGCACUUAUGGUGAGGAGUUGGCAAUGCUGGAGGACAUGAGUUUGGGAAUCAUGGACUUGAGGAAUGUAACCUUUAAAGUAACUCAGGCCACAUCAAAUACAUCUACUGACAUGCUGCCGGUCAUCACUGGAAAUCGUGAUGGAUUUAAUGUGAGGAUCCCCUUGCCAAGCGCCUUGUUUGAUUUGUUGCCACGAGAGAUUCAAAGUGGGAUGUUACUGAGGGUUCAGCCUGUUCUUUUCAAUGUGGGAAUCAAUGAGCAGCAAACCCUAGCAGAGAAGUUUGGAGACACCUCACUGCAAGAAGUAAUUAACAUGGAAAGCUUAGUGCGGUUGAAUUCAUAUUUUGAGCAGUUCAAGGAAGUUUUGCCUGAUGAUUGUCUACCUCGAUCUCGUAGUCAGACGUGCCUGCCUGAACUGUUAAGAUUUCUGGGACAAAAUGUACAUGCAAGGAAAAAUAAGAAUGUUGAUAUCCUUUGGCAAGCUGCUGAGAUAUGCCGCAGACUAAACGGUGUUCGAUUUACAAGCUGUAAAAGUGCCAAGGAUAGGACUGCCAUGUCGGUCACCCUAGAGCAGUGUUUGAUCCUACAGCAUGAACAUGGAAUGGCUCCACAGGUCUUCACCCAGGCUCUGGAGUGUAUGAGGAGUGAGGGUUGUCGGCGAGAAAAUACUAUGAAGAAUGUUGGAUGUCGCAAGUAUGCGUUUAAUUCCCUGCAACUGAAGGCUUUCCCAAAGUAUUACAGGCCUCCAGAAGGAACUUAUGGAAAAGUUGAAACAUAAGCAUACUAUGUCCUUUAAUUGCUGUUCCAUUAAAACAUGUGGAUACACUCUAGAUUACUACAUGAUUUUGUCAUCCAGAAGAGAUAAAAUAACCUUUUUUGUACGUUUCAGUAGGUUAUACAGAGCAUGUUACUUACAGAAUUGGAAUCUAUAGUAACAAUUAUCUUGACACCUUAGCUUGAGAAUAGUGUGAUGACUCUGCCCAUUUAAAUAGCCUUCAGUGUAUGUAAGAUGAACAGAUAUUGUGCUACUUAAUAAUUACCUAUAUGCAAAUUGCUAGGUAUCUCCUGGAUGGGCAAGGACUCUAGGAACGGCAUUUAGGCAGCUGUUUCACAUAACAUCUUUUUAUACUGAGUUGACUUGAGAUUGAGCUUUUCAUAAACUUUUUAAAACUGAGAGUAAAACUCAAAAGUUGUAAAUAAAAAUUAAUUGGAUCCUAGACAGUCUAGUAGCUGUAGAAUGCAUUGUUACAAUCAAGAAACAGAAGUUUAAC